GCUUAAGGGGGGCUCCAAUUAAACGAAACACGCCAUUUCCUUCCCGAAUUGGUAUUUCUCCAUCCGCAAACCCUAAUGUCUGGAGAUGGAUUAAUCAUGACAGAGGACCAAAAGGCCUUACCUUCGGACUCCAAAAUGUUGUUUGAUCUCCACGAUUACGAGUCCAAAAUUUCCUCCCCCAGGGCUUCUGGAAAUUAUCAUACACAUAUAGGAGACUGUAACACGGUGUUAGAAAGAAAUGAUGUGUGUAAGUCCAUGAAUCUUCACCUCAAUAAAGAGGUUAAAAUGAUGCCGACUGAGGUGGAUGAUAGAUGGAAAAUGGACCUAGAUGAUGGAAGUCAAAAGCUUGAUAAAUAUUUCUAUUAUGACACUCCACAUUUUGAAGAAACGGGUGUUUGGAUGCCGGUAUCUAUUCCACCUUUGCCAGAAUGUAAACAAGCAGAAUGGAAGAGGGGUCUCUAUUCAAAUGGAGGUUACAUGCCUGAAGGUGAUUCGGGUUGGAAUGAGUUUAUUGGAGAAGAUAAGCCAAUGACCAUGUGGGAUGUGGUUCUCGACAUGUUGCUGGCAACCGGAGGCAAAGUCAAAUCUCUUACUUCUGGUGAUAUUCAAGGAUAUGGAAUAUCUUGGGUGACGAGCCAUGUUUUAGACAAAGCAUGGCAAGAGAUGGCACAAUCUCUCACAGAGGCUAACUUCGGCAAAAUGAAGGACAUCCUGGACGCAGUGCCACCGAAGUGGUUGCCUGAUAGUGCAGCUUCUACGUGCAUGCUGUGCAAUGUUCGUUUUCACCCUAUCAUGUACUCAAGACACCAUUGCAGAUUUUGUGGGGGGAUUUUCUGCAAUAGUUGCUCCAGAGGACGGAGCUUGAUGCCUUCAAAGUUCCUGACAAGUGACCCUCAACGAGUCUGUGAUGUUUGCUGUGUACGUCUUGAGUGUGUCCAACCAUGUUUGAUGAACCGAGUAAGUCGUGCAGCACAAUCACCUACCCAUGAUCUGACAGAUCUAAGCACAUUAAGAUCUUGGCUCAACUUUCCAUGGGGUCAGUCUAUGGAGCAUGAAAUAUACAAAGCAGCAAACACCCUGCAAGGUUAUACUAAGGUUGGAUUUGUGACACCUGAAAUGUCCAUACCUGGUGCAAUCCUGAAGCAAGCCAAGGGCCUUGCUAUCUUAACUGUUGCAAGAGUCGGCUUAAUGGUAACCUACAAUGUAGGCACAGGAUUAGUGGUUGCACGAAGAGAAGAUGGAUCUUGGUCUCCACCAUCAGCAGUCGCAUGCUUUGGCAUUGGCUGGGGCGCACAGGCUGGUGGGGAAGUGACUGAUUAUAUUAUUGUGUUGAGAACAAAUUCUGCUGUCAACACAUUUAGCGGGAAUGCCCAUUUGUCAGUUGGGGCAGGAUUAAGUGCUGCCGUUGGCAUUGUUGGAAGGGCUGUUGAAGCUGAUGUACGAGCUGGUGAUGGUGGUUUUGCUGCUUGCUAUACAUACAGCUGCAGUAAAGGUGCAUAUGUUGGUUGCUCUCUUGGAGGAAAUGUGGUUAGAACGCGAAAUCAAGAAAAUUGUAAGUUUUACGGUAACCCAUCAAUCUCAGCAUCAGAGAUUCUUUGUGGUUUGAUGCCACGGCCUCCGGCUGCUUACAUAUUAUAUCAGGCAUUAUCAGAACUUUACGACAAGCUCAAUUAAAGUGACAUACCCAACUAUAUUCAGUUCUCAUCCCAUCUAAGUGCAUAUGUAUAUAUCAUUGCUAUUUUUAUGUGAAUCUUUCAUAUUCAUUAAUCAACUUGUACCGGGAAAAUUGCUCAAUACAAGUAUUUACAUUAUUUAAACUUUCAAGAUUUGUG